UACAAACAUAUCACCCAAUCUCAAUUCUCAUCUAUAUCUAUCUAUCUAACCUAUAGGCUCCCACUAGCUAGCAUGGUUCUCUUUGAUUUCAAGUCAGACAAACACUUUGUUAACUCCUUUGAUGAAAUCACCAUUAGAGUCUGUGAGUUGAGGGACCCUACGAUUCACCCUUCCUAUAUCCGAAAAGCUCACUGGAAGGAAGUUGGCACCAUCAUCGUCGAUGGUGACAAUAAUGGAGACGAUGAUCUGGCGGAAGAGCAGUACUACGACGGGUUGUUGUUUUUCGAUGGCCAUGGGAAGAUCGAAGGACAUGAAGCCCUCACUAAGCUAGCCCAACACCUCACUCAGUCGGGUUUGAUGGUGAGCCCUGGAGGAUACUGCUUUCAAGAUAUGACUGAGUUGGGAGAGCAAAAAGAUUUUGGGGCUCACUACCUUCGAUUGAAUGAUCUCUUCAGUUGGCCUCGUCAUGGUGUUGACUUGGUGAGGAUCACCAAUUGGCAACGCUUGGAGUUGAAGUACAUUGUGUCAAGACAGAAGAAAUUAUCAAAGAAACCGAUAGUUGGCGGCGGGGUGAGUAAAGAGAAGUACGAGGAGUUGAAAAGGAUGUUGAACAAGAAGGACGAGGAGAUGGAGAAGGUAACCAAUGAGAUGGAAGAGGAGAUACAAAAAUUGAGACAGGAAAAAGAUGAAGAGCUACAAAAGCUGCGAGAAGAGAUGGAAGAGACGACUGAAAAGAAAGACGCGGAGCUACGAAAGGUGAAGAGACAAAGGGACGAGGCGAAGCGUCCAAAACCGAUGAUGUCCGAAGGAGUGAGCAAAGAGAAAUACGAGGGGUUGAAAAGGAUCGCAAGAGAGAAGGGUGAGGAGCUGGAGAAGCUGAGGGAAGAAUCGGAAGAAGAUCUACAAAAGCUGAGGGAUGAAAAGGAUGGGGAAAUACGAAAGCUAAAAGAGGAGAUGGAGGAUGCAAGCGAAAAGCACGAGGAGGAGCUGCGAAAGUCGAGAAAGGAAAAGGACGAGGUGCAAAAGCAGUUGAAGAAAAACGAAAACGUGCAGCAUACGCUCAAAAGGGCGAGCGACGACUUGCAAAAGCUGGGGAAGGAGAAGGUCGAGGAAGUGCGAAAGCUAAGAGAGGAAAUGCAAGAAGAGAUAGAAAAGGCGAGAAAGGAGAAAGAUGAAGAGGUGGAGGCAUUAAAAAGAGAAAGAGACGAGGGAGCAAAGCCGAGCAAAGAGCAGAACGAGGAACUAAAAAAAUUGAGGGAGGAGGUAGAAACUCUGAGAAGGACUGAGAAUGAUAAAGCAUGUAAAACAACGAAGAAGGAGGAAGAGAUGGCAAAAGUGCUCGAAAAUGAGCGAAGAAAGAACAAGGACGAAGCAUUGCAGAGGCUGAUCAACGAAAAGGAUACCGAGCUCGAAAAGCUGAGGAACGAGCAUGAUGAAACGAUGAAAGAGAACGCUGCCGAAACGAGAAAGCUGAGGGAACAGUCGUCGCGACACGAGCUGGAGCAACGUCAGAAGCAAUCAUGGAUGGCGCUACCUACGACACCGUACACCACUGGUGAGACAGACCACAAAAGCAGAAGACGGGCGGUGCCACCAAAUACUUGGUGCAACGUUAGUGGGAGUUACAUCUACUACCAUGAUAAUAAUUUGAAGGCGGCGGACUUAUGUGGGUUCCUUCAAGGAACUUUCCAAGUUGGAGUGGUGGAGGAAGACACCAAAGAUUGGUUGUCGCCCCCCGCGACUAAUAUAUAUUGUGGGGGCAGUGAAUCAUUCGACCGCAACAACUGGUGGUUUGUGAAGAUAUUGCAUCCGAAUGACGGCCUUAUUAUGUUGGCAUAUUACGACGGGGACUGAAGCUAUACUGCUGGGUACAGAGGUUACACUACCAAGUUUCCGAUGCCCAGGGACAUUGGUAUGCAGACAAACACAGUUUUCUUCAUGAUUCAUUUGUUUGGCGAAUUCAAGCUUGCUUUCCUCUACCGAGACUUACUAUAGGCAAUCGGAGAGGCUAGCUGUUCGUUUUUCCCGCUGUGUUUAGGGUUUGUGGAUUUGAAAAAUGAAGGUUUUGGUAUAACUUGAGUUUUGAUAAAUUAUGGAUAAUAUG